ACCGACAAACCAAAAGAACCAAAUAUGCCUUCGAGCACAAUUGCGGAGAAAAAAGAGCGACUGUAUGAUCCUGCCCGCCCCCUCUCCCUUUCCGAACGACCAGGCUCACCCAUCGCAGACUGGUCCUAGUUGAAAAGCCCAUCCCGCUAGAAUUCGACAUGGGCAAUCUCUGCGCUUUCGACACGAACCCACUCGACCCCACCGCCUAUUCCAAUUCUCUCGAAGAGUGUCUCAACGACGCCGCUAGGGACUGCGCUCAGGCUCUGAUUAAUCAAGUGCUCACCACGCUUCCCAUGAAGAGCGCUUCAGAUGGGGUUUAUGCUGAGUUGCCGGAUCCUACGACCCCACUACCGAGGGAGAAGCCGCUACCGAAGGCUAAGGAGCCUACGAAAUGGUUUGUUCACUAAUUUUUUACACACACUCACUCUCUCCCUCUCUCUCCCCCUCUCUCUUUUCGCCUCUCCUCUUCCUCCUUUCGUCCCGGCGGAGGGGGUCAUGGCAAGCGAGCUGACAUGGGAACAGGGAACUAUUUGCGAAGAAGAAGGGCAUCAAGUCCAAGACCAAAGAUGGCAAGCUCGUGUAUGACGAGGAGAAGGGCGAGUGGGUUCCCAAGUGGGGGUAUAAGGGAAAGAACAAGGAUGGCGAAGGCGAUUGGAUUGUUGAGGUCGACGGGAAGGGUGAGAAGGAGAAGGGCGAGGACAAGAACCCACGGGCUCUCAGUAGAGAGGAGAGAAAGGAUCGGAUCAAGAAGAAUGAGAGACAGAUGAAGAAAAAUGAAAAGAGGGCCGCGGCAGGGGGUAAAAGUCUGGCUACUCGGGGUGGGAGGGUCGGAAAGAGAUAAAAUUGGGAAGAGGGAGGGAACCAGGGCAUAUUUACCAAGUAAUAUGGCGUUCAAAAGUCCACUUUUAUGUACAGUAUCCGGUACACAAAUUCUGUAGUUAUAAUUUUGCCAUUGCCUUCCG